CUUCAUAUCAUCACAAACCCCAAACUUUCAUCUUACAACCUCAUCUACUUCUUCUUCUUCUUCAUCUUCGAACUGUAGCCUUUUCUUUUUCUUUCCAACAUGAGCAUGGAAGAGAAAGUUACCAUGGACUUCAUUAAUCAGCCAUCUGAGAACCUUUGCUAUGUUCGGUGCAACUUCUGCAACACUGUCCUUGCGGUUGGGCUUCCAUGCAAAAGGUUGAUGGACACAAUAACUGUGAAAUGUGGCCAUUGCAGUAACCUUUCCUUUCUCAGCACCAGAUCCCCACUCGAAGGUCAAUGCCUUCCUGAUCACCCCACCUCCUUGACUCUUCAGCAGGCGGGCUGUUGCAAUGACUUCAGGAAGGGCCAAUCCUCCUCAUCAUCGUUGUCACCUGUAUCAAGCAACCCACCAUCCCCCAAAGCACCCUUUGUUGUCAAACCACCUGAGAAGAAACACAGACUUCCAUCUGCUUACAAUCGGUUCAUGAAAGAUGAGAUCAAGCGAAUCAAAGCAGCCAACCCAGAGGUUCCACAUCGUGAGGCUUUUAGUGCUGCCGCAAAAAAUUGGGCUAGGUGCAUUCCCAGUCAGUCGUCUGCAGGAUCAGGUUCUGGGAGCUGCAGCAACAACAACGAAUGAACAUGCUAGCUACGUGCUGCCAAAACCCUAAAACGCCACGACUACAUGGGUAUCAUGGAGAUCUUAAAUAACCAUAUCCGCAGCUGCUUCCUACCUACUUCAUCCCUCAUUAGCAGUUCAGCGUGCGUGCAAUUAAUUAAGUACUCUCGUUUAGUUCGUGUUUAGAACUUUGACCCUCCUUACUUUUCGUUUCUUUUGUUCAUGAACUUAAUUUCCGUGCUAAGAGUACUUUGAUUGGUGUUUGGUAAUUUGUAUUGAAUUAGAAUGACUGAUCAGUGUUCUAAUUUUGUAUUAUUUGAUGCUUUUAUUAAUUUAACGUUUUGAGUUUCACCAUUA